UUCAGCGGGAAUAUGUUGAUAAGUAUUCCAAUUUUUAUGGUUUUUGCAUAAGUUUAUUCUACAUGAGUCUCUUCGGCCUUUUCAUCGGACCUGUCAUGCUAGAUCAGCCGCUUCCAACAGCUGCUGAAUUUCCAUUUGAUGCGUCUCAUCAACCGUUAAGGGCUAUUACGUAUAUCCAUCAGAUCAUAGUUGGUCUGUUCAUAUCUGCACAUUUAUGUGUUAACGCUUUCAUGGCGCUUUUGCUCUGGUUGGCUUCAGCGAGAUUUAAAUUAUUGACUGAAGAGUUCCGAACAAUUACGAAUAUCUAUAAUCUCGCGAAAUGUAUCGAAAAGCAUCAAAAAUUAAUCAAAUAUGCGGGAGAGGUAGCCCUUACAGUUCGACCCUUUGCAAUGGUAACUGUACUUUUCACUACUGUAGCAUUAAUAACAUUUGGCCUUAUUUUUAUUGCAAAGGUACCAUUAUCUUUGAAGAUUCAGUGUAUCCUUUUAUCAAGCUGUGCAUUAUUAGAAGUAUUUAUGUAUGCCUGGCCAGCGGAACAUUUAAUUCAUGUAAGUACGAGUGUAGCACAAGCAGCUUUUGAAACAGAUUGGUAUGCUAAAUCUGAAUAUCUUAGAAAAAACUUACAAAUGGUUAUAUUGAGAAGUCAAAAGCCAAUACUAGUUGCAUUACCAUGCGGUUUGCCCUCGUUGUCAUUACGUUAUUAUGCAUCGUAUCUUUCAACCAUAUUCUCUUACUUUACUACAAUGCGAAUGAUGUUUGAAGAGAAAGAAUUUGGAUAAGUAAAGUAG